CUGUUUUUCAAACUUUAUUUAAAAGAAAAGAAGAACUUGUUUUGCUAAAAUCCCAGUGAAGCUAUAAAGUCUCACAUGACGUAAAAGUAAAACAACCACCAUGACUAACAACCACCACCACCACCACCUCCACGCCCCGCUCCGCUCAACUCCGCAGUCCUCUUCCACCUCGUCAUCUCAGACUUUCACAUCGAAGCUCCUCCUCCUCCUCACUCUCCUCCCUCUUUCGCUCGCAGCCUUAGCCUUCAUUCUCCAAUGGCGCGGUGGCAUCCCCGACCCCACCACUCGGUGGUCCCCACCUGGUUCCCACCACCUCUUCCCCGGCAUGGACGCCUCUCCUCUCUCCUCCGCCGUCGUUCACUCCACGCCGUCCGAUUGCCUCAGUCUCGGCCGUUCAGCCUCGCCUUCGUUUCCCUACUAUCAGAAUUGGAAGUUUGAUUCUGUGUCCAAUUUGAGACCAAAGAUAUGUAUUACUACGAGUACUUCAGCUGGCUUAGAUCAGAUUUUACCAUGGAUGUUUUAUCACAAGGUCAUUGGAGCUACUACCUUUUUCCUUUUUGUGGAAGGAAAGGCUGCAUCUCCUGAAGUAGCUAAAAUUCUGGAGUCCAUUCCUGGAGUAAAAGUGAUAUACAGAACAAAACAGCUUGAGGAGCAACAAGCUAACAGCCGAAUUUGGAAUGAGACUUGGCUGUCCAGUUUCUUUUACAAACCUUGCAAUUAUGAGCUAUUUGUGAAGCAAUCUCUCAAUAUGGAGAUGGCUAUUGUCAUGGCAAGGGAUGCUGGAAUGGACUGGAUAAUUCAUCUUGACACGGAUGAGUUACUGCACCCAGCUGGUGCCAAAGAGUAUUCUUUGAGGCAGUUGCUGCUUGAUGUGCCUAGGAAUGUGGAUAUGGUUAUUUUCCCGAACUAUGAGAGCAGUGUUGAACGCGAUGAUAUUAAGGAACCUUUUACUGAGGUAUCCAUGUUUAAGAGGAAUUAUGACCAUGUACCAAAAGAUACAUACUUUGGCAUGUACAAAGAAUCAACUCGUGGCAACCCAAACUAUUUUUUGACUUAUGGAAAUGGGAAGUCAGCUGCUCGAAUCCAAGAUCAUCUCCGUCCUAAUGGUGCACACAGAUGGCACAAUUAUAUGAAAACCCCAAAUGAGGUCAAAUUUGAAGAGGCUGCUGUUCUACACUACACAUAUGCCCGAUUUUCAGACUUGACUUCUAGACGUGAUCGGUGUGGCUGCAAGCCAACAAAGGAAGAUGUGAAAAGAUGCUUUAUGUUGGAAUUUGACAGAUCUGCAUUCAUAGUUGCUUCGACUGCAACCGAGGAUGAAAUGCUGAAAUGGUACCAUGAACACAUUGUAUGGGAUGACAAAGACAUAAAAUUGAAACUUUUGAGAAAAGGCAUUUUGACUCGAAUAUAUGCUCCCAUGGCCAUAAUACAAGGACUACGGGAGUCGGGAGUGUUCAGCUCUGUUAUUGCAUCUGCCCCAACAGCUCUCUCAAAAGAAAAGUUUUUGUUGACAAUUGAUAGUAGUAACUCUUCUAGAGCUACUGCCUCCCAAUCCCUCCCAUCGAGGAAGAUUGGCAGAAUUGGAGAGAGUAAGGCUACUAUCAGGAAGGCCUUGGAAGUUGACGCAGCUGAAUUUGAAGAAGCUGCUGUUCCACCAUUGUCGCCACCCGGAAUGGAUGACAACCAUCUCAGUGUACAAGUGUAAUAAGGUCUCUUAGCGUGAUUGCUUCUUCUUCUUCUUCUUCUUCAUAGUGUGAAUGGACAGGUUAAUAGGUAAGUUUCAAAUAUAGCUGUAAUUAUUCUUUUGUAAUUUUUUAUUAGUCAGACAGAAAAUUCUCAUGUGACAAGUCUAGCUUAUAGGCUAAAGUUCAUUGAAAUUCUACAGAUAUUUCAUUAUAGACAUUGAAAUUCUAUAUGAGGAUUUUGUUCACAA